UCUAGCCCGCCCCUGUUUGUCAGAAAACAUCUACCCUCCUCUUCAUCAGCAGCUGCUUCAUCCUCCAGCGGCUCCACAGAGCGACAGACAGACUUCACAGGUGGACCCGGAGACGGACAGGUGGACGAAGAGACGGACAGGUGGACACGGAGAGGAAGACAGGUGGAGGGACGGACAAACGGACCAAACAGCCAUGAUGUGUGCUGCCUUCACGGACCUCCUCCUCCCCCUCCUCCUCUUCCUCCACCACUCGCUCUGAAUCACGGAAAAUCACCAACAUGAAGCGGUCCUUCGUGCUCUGCUGUGAACCGAUCUUCUGUGGUGCAUAGCAAUGGUGUACGCCCUGUCUUCAAACACAGUUGGUGUCAACCCCAUCCUUCACUCUCCGUCUUUCUCAUAUCAGAUGUCAUUUAACUACUCUGUGAAGGAAAACUCGACUGUCCUGGCAACCAUACCCACAACCCCCCUCUGCAGCCUUGAGGGUUCGCCCUCUGGCCAGCUGAACAGGACAUCGGCCUCCUAUGAGCUGACUACGGGUGAGGCUGUCGUCCUGGGCUUGGUUUUCGGGGUUCUCUGGUUGGUCUCCAUCCUUGGAAAUGCCCUGGUCUGCCUGGUCAUCCACCGGAGCCGACGGACACAGUCCACCACCAACUAUUUUGUGGUGUCUAUGGCCUGUGCGGACUUGCUUAUGAGCCUAGGAUGUGCCCCCUUCCUCCUUUUGCAGGUGGCAGCAGGACAAUGGCCGCUGAGUGCUGCUGCCUGCAAGGCUGUGCGCUACGUGCACCACCUCUGCGCGGGUGUGCAGGUCUAUGUCCUGCUGUCCAUCUCUGUGGACCGCUUCUACACAAUCAUUUACCCCCUCAGCUUCAAAGUGUCCAGAGAGAAAGCCAAGAAGAUGAUCCUGGCCUCAUGGCUGUUUGACGCAGCCUUCGUGUCACCCUGCCUCUUCUUCUACGGCUCCACAUCUACAGCCAGCAGUCACUGUGACUUUUUCCUUCCAGACAACUGGGGCAGUGUAUCUUAUGCUGCGGUUCAUCUCCUGUUUGGCUUUUUGGUCCCGGUUGGCCUGCUCGUGUCAUUCUAUCAGCGGGUGAUUCGCUACAUCUGGAGGAUUAGCGCUGAUGGCCACACAGUGCGCCGGACAAUGAACAUCGUUCCGAGAACUAAAGUCAAGACCAUCAAGAUGUUCCUGAUGCUUAAUACAGUUUUCUUCCUCACCUGGACGCCCUUCUACAUCGCCCAGCUGUGGCACCCGAGGGAGUCUGAUGGACCCAGUAGGCAGGGGCUGCUGUUCUUUGCGGCCAUCGCCUGGAUCUCCUUCAGCUCCACAGCGUCCAAGCCGACCCUGUACUCUGUCUACAAUGCGAACUUCAGAAGGGGCAUGAGGGAGACCUUCUGCAUGUCGUCUAUGAAGUGUUACCGCAGUAAUGCGUACACCAUCACGGCCAGCUCUCGGAUGGCCAAAAAGAACUACAUUGGGGUGGUGGAGAUCCCAGUACAAGCUAAGACAGGCACCAAGGACUCAGUGUACGAUACAUUUGACCGAGACGCUAAGGAAAAGAAGGUCGCCUGGACCACUAAUGCCAACCCUCCAAAUACUUUUGUCUGAGUGAGACGGCACAGUUUGAACAACUGGACACGUAAUGAACGUACCUUAAACUUUGUUCAACUGCACACUGCCAGUGUUGGCAGGUGAGCUAGCUGGUGUUAACAUGCUAAGAACAAAAGCUCACAAAAACAGAAUGUGUCCGGUUUGUGUAAAGGGCUUUUUCAGAUGUAACACACCUUCUGGACGCCAUAUUGAAGGUUCAGAGCUGCUGUGAAGAGCCAGCUCUUUUUGUUUUCAUAUUUUACUCAUGAUUUAUUUGUGUGCUGUGUUUUCGAUGGAUUGUUGGCAGAUUUUGUGUUAUGAUGUCAGCUUAUCAGCUAGCUAACCAUAGUCUGUGGCAUCUAUCAGUGACCUGUUGACAAAGCAUCUGGUUUGCUUCAGUUUUGUAUGUGGUAGAAGCUAACGUCAGUUGUGGCUAUUACCGUAUGUUAACAUUGACAUUGUGUCUUUUGCUACACUAAUAGAACUACUGAGUCAGCUAGCUAACAAAGCCUGUAAUUGACAGUUUGUUCAGGCUAACUGUGCUGAGUGUCUCAAAAUAAAACACACUGUGUUUCUAAAUUCAGAUUAUGAGACUGUAGAGUUGCACAGUGGGUAAGUUGUAGGACCUAACUGUGCAGUAAACAGGUACUGUUUGCAGAUAACUGCCUUAUUUAUUUAUCUAUCAGUCUUGUUGUUGCUGAAUUACACUUUCUUUUUUCUGUUGCACUCUUAGGACAUUCCCACUUUGUUAGCUAUAAAGUGACUGGAAACAGUAUUUGACAAAACAAUUUGUCAAACAGAUCCUUUUGAAGCAGAGAGGGUGAGAACCUUCAACUAGUUAGCUACCCAGCUGUCAAGUAAGCUAUUUAAAAACUAGCUACAUAACAGGAAAUAGAAAUAGAAAGUUUAAUCAGGUGUUAUUUCUGUUUCAGAGCUGUAUUCAGCUAAGUAUCCACUUACUGGAGGCUUGGAGGUCUUCAAAUACAAUUUGAAAUGACACCUAGCUUAGCAUACACCUUCAACUCUUAGACUGUAAAAAAAGGACAACAUGACAGCUCCCCGAAAAUAAAGACAAAACAUAUGGAGCUGCCCCUUGUGACUGGCUGCAGUAUAGCUCAUACACUCCUCCAUGUUAACAGAUGGGACAUGGGUCAAACUAUAAAAUCAAAAAACACGACAAAUAAAUGUUUCUC